UUGCUUUGUACUGAUGAAGCAUGUAGCUUGUUUGCAACACGUAUGCACAAGAUUUGAAUGAGAGUAACAUGUUUAGGUUGUUCCAUGCAAAAAUCUUAGGUCCCAAGUUACAUAGACUAAAACCUAUAACGUUCCAAAUUAUGUUGCCUCCUUUUCCUGAAUGUUGUUCCCUUCUCUUUGAAAUCUCUCCUCGGUCCCUUUCCAUUUCAUCAUAUCGUUGUGAUCCUCUUCUUUCCUCUCUACUCCUUACUCUGAAAUCUUCAUCUUCUGUCUCCUGUUGCAGGGUCAUUCAUGCCCGAGUGGUCAAAUCUCUGGAUUACAGAGAUGGGUUCAUAGGUGAUCAAUUAGUUUCAUGUUAUCUCAACAAGAGGUCCAUCCCAGAUGCACAGAAGCUGUUUGGUGAAAUGCCCCACAAGGAUUUUGUCUCUUGGAACUCUUUGGUUUCUGGAUUUUCUAAAAGAGGAGACCUUUGUAAUUGCCUGAGUGUGUUUUCUACAAUCAGGUCUGAAAUGGCACUGGAAUUGAAUGAGCUUACAAUGAUAUCUGUUAUCUCGGCUUGUGCUUCUGCUAAAGCCCGAGAUGAGGGCUGCUAUCUUCAUUGUUGUGCAGUGAAAUUGGGUAUGGGGUUGGAAGUGAAGGUUGUUAAUGCUCUUAUUAACAUGUAUGGGAAGUUUGGCUGCGUUGACUCUGCUUUCAAGCUAUUUUGGGCAAUGCCGGAGCAGAAUAUGGUGUCAUGGAAUUCAAUGGUGGCUGUUUGGACACAAAACGGAAUCCCCAAUGAAGCUGUUAAUUAUUUUAAUAUGAUGAGGGUAAAUGGACUUUUUCCCGAUGAAGCCACAAUGGUGAGCUUGCUUCAAGCCUGUGAAAAUUUACAUUUGGGAAGAUUGGUAGAGGCCAUGCAUGGUGUUAUCUUCACCUGUGGUCUUAAUGAAAAUAUAACAGUUGCGACUACUCUUUUGAACUUGUAUUCAAAGUUAGGGAAAUUGAGUGUUUCUCACAAGGUCUUUGCAGAGAUAAGCAAGCCUGAUAAAGUGACAUUGACUGCAAUGCUUGCAGGGUAUGCCAUGCAUGGGCGGGGGAAAGAAGCCGUAGAAUUCUUUGAAAGGUCUGUAAGGGAAGGUGUGGAGCCUGAUCAUGUUACUUUUACUCAUUUGUUAAGUGCUUGUAGUCAUUCAGGGCUUGUCCGGGAAGGAAAGUACUACUUCCUAAUCAUGUCUGAGGUUUACAAAGUUCAAACUCAAUUGGAUCACUAUUCAUGUAUGGUUGAUCUUCUAGGUCGCUGUGGUCUAGUCAAUGAUGCUCAUCAGCUAAUAAAGAACAUGCCUUUAGAGCCAAAUUCUGGAGUUUGGGGUGCUCUUCUUGGUGCUUGUAGGGUUCAUCGUAACAUCGACAUUGGGAAGGAAGCUGCAGAGAACUUGAUUGCAUUAAAUCCUUCAGACCCUAGAAACUAUAUCAUGCUUUCCAACAUUUAUUCUGCUGCAGGUAUGUGGAAUGAUGCAUCAAAAGUAAGGGCUUUAAUGAAGACUAAAGUUUUUACCAGAAACCCUGGAUACAGCUUUAUUGAGCAUGGGAAUAAAAUUCACCUUUUUGUGGUAGAUGAUUACUCUCACCCUGAUUCAGACAAAAUACACAAGAAGCUGGAAGAGAUUAUGAGAAGAAUUCAAGAAGUUGGUUUUGUGUCUGAAACUGAACCCAUUCUACAUGAUGUUGAUGUCGAGGUUAAAACAUAUAUGAUUAACAAACAUAGUGAGAAAAUAGCUCUUGCCUUUGGACUUUUGGAUUGUAAUGCUGAUAAGCCAUUAGUUAUUAUAAAAAAUCUCAGAAUAUGCCGAGAUUGCCAUAACACAGCAAAAUUUGUCUCACUGAUAGAGAAGCGUACCAUCAUUAUCCGAGAUUCAAAGCGAUUUCACCACUUUUCAGAUGGAUUAUGCUCUUGUGGCGAUUAUUGGUAGUGAUCCCUGAUGGAAUUUGGCAUUUCAGGAAUGGAUUGUCAUUGGAAUUCAUAAGAGCCAACAUGGUCAAAUCUGGAGAUCCCUUAUGCUGUUUUAGCCCAUUGGACUGAACUUGAUAUUGCUUGGAGAAUGUUUUGGGUAUGGGGUGAAGGUCCACGGUUCAGGUUGCAUUAUGUUGUCCGAGGUCCAGAUACUGUCCAAAAAGCAAUCUCCCUGUGCGUCCAAAAAGCAAUCGGAUGCCAAAGUUAACUCAACGUUUGACAGAUAGACUUAAUGAGAUAGUAAAUACACGUCAAUUAUGAGUAAUUAUACUUUACUUCAUCUCGAUCAUUCCAAUUCAGAUCAGUCACGUCAGACUCGUUGUCCUGCUCACCGAGCUGGUGAUUGACUAUUCGGAUUGGUGUAUGGCCGGCCAACCGACCUAUUUGGUGAAUGGCAAGUCUCGAUGACUUGUACUCCGAGUUGUGAGAUAUGGGCUCUGAGCUGUGUGACAUUCAUCUGGGCUGAUGUAUGAUCCAGUUAGUUUGUUUGACAUUUCGACCGGGCUCACUACUUUGUGCCCCGAGCUGGUACAUGGCCGGUCUGGUGACUGACUAGUUGACCACCCAGACCAUAGUUGAUUGUUCAGACUGGUUCACAGGAUAGUCAUACGGUGGAGAACAAUAACUUUUUUAAUACUCCUAAUAAGGACUUUCUGCUGGUCCAUGGUUGUGAAGAUUAUAAUUUAUGCAGAAUAGAUCCUCUAGUGUCAUGUGAGAUUUUCAUGACAUGGACAUUUAAGGGAUAGAUACCAUGUCACGUGAUCCUUUUUAAGAUUUUUCUAUUUAUCAUUCUCAUCAAUCUUCUCGUGACCUUGUCAUCCAAAAGUCCCGCAUGAGAGGAUUUAUUCCUUUGUUAUGCAAGGUAAUUGCUCUGUUUAUUGUUGACAAAUCUGCAAUACUAAACAAGUAGAAAAAAAUUGACUCAUGGUGGUAAUGGGAUAAUUUAGAGUGGAGAGGGCACUCAUUUGUACGUACAUGAAUUGAUAACAA